CCUAGUACCAAAAUAAAGAACCACUUUUGUCAUUUUUUUCUCACCAAAAUACACUAGGCAAAAGGCAAAAUUGCCCGCUACAGCCACCCUCAGUCAGUGGCACCAUAGCUGAUUCUAGCCUAGGUAUUCACAUAAUUUCCACCUUUCUUGAUCUUUAUCAAUUGCUCAUCUGCAUAUAUCUAUCUACACACAAGUUAUAGAAUGAUAAUCAGAAAUCAAAUAUCAAGAAUCUGCAUUUCUUUUCAAGAACCUUUUUUUAAUACCAAAAAUCUGUUCUUUAUCAAACACUUUUCAUCAACAACCCAUGUUACACUUUACUCAGAUAUACAAAAUUUGGACACCCAUUUGAGGUCACUUUGUGCAAAGCCUAAUCCUCAGUAUAUUAAUGCAUUUUCACAUUUUAACCAUGUAAUUGAUGAUUUAGGUGAAACCCCAUCUGAGUCAACUUGCAAUUUUCUUGUUGUAACUUUGGCAAAGAAUAAGGAGUACAAUCUUGCUUUAAGGGUGUACCAUAAAAUGAGAAAAGUUCAAGUCUUGCCCAGGUUUUUAUCAUUAGCUGCUUUGGUUGAAUGUUAUGUUUAUGUUCAUAGCCCUAAGUUAGCAAUUGGUGUCUUGGGAUUGAUGUUAAAGAAUGGUUAUAAGGUUAAUGUAUAUCUUGUUAAUGUUAUAUUGAAGGGUUUAUGUGACAAUGAUAUGGUUGUUAAUGCUAUUAAAUUUGUUUGGGGUUUGGAUAUGAAAGAGGUAACGCCUGAUAUAGUUAGUUUUAACACCCUUAUGAAAGGACUCUGUAAAGAAAAGAAAGUACAAGAGGCUUUGGAUUUGAGGUUUAGUAUGGAAAAAGUGGUGAAUUUUACCCCAAACGCGCAUUCAUAUGCCAUUUUGAUGGAGGGUCUUUGUUCGGUGGAUAGGUUGGAUGACAGUAUUUUAUUGUUGGAGGAGAUGAGAAAAAAGGGCUUGAAAGAAGAUGUUGUUGUGUAUAGUACACUUAUAAAAGGGCUUUGCAAUAAAGGAUAUGUUAGUAGAGGGAAAGAACUUUUGAAUGAGAUGUUGGAGAAAGGAAUUUCUCCAAGUGUAGUCACGUAUUCUUGUUUAAUUAACGGAUUUUGUAAGCAGGGAAAAUUGAAAGAAACUACAAUGUUAUAUGAUGAUAUGUUGGACCGCGGAAUCCAGCCUGAUGUUGUUACUUUUACGGGCAUGAUUGGUGGGCUCGGGAAUAACGGGAUGGCUAAAAAAGCAAUGGAAUUGUUCAAUUUAAUGAUACGUAGGGGUGAAGAGCCCGGAAACAUAACCUACAAUAUUCUUUUACGUGCACUGUGCAAGGAAAGAUUGUUGACCGAUGCUUUUCAAAUUUUAAAAUUGAUGAUAGAGAAAGGCAAAACACCCGACGUGAUCACCUAUAAUACGCUAGUAAAAGGACUUUGUGAAAUUGGGAAAGUGGAUGAUGCUGUGACAAUUUUUGAUUCUAUGUUGGGUGACGAGACUUAUGUUCAGCCGGAUGUUAUAACAUUGAACGUACUAAUUCGUGGGCUUUGCCAAGAUGGGAACCUCGAUAAGGCUGGAAAAAUUCAUAACAAGAUGGUUGAGAAGAAGUCUCUAGUUGAUAUUGGAACUUUUACUGUACUUAUUGGAGCUUAUAUAAAGGCAGGCGACAUUGUCAAAGCUUUUGAACUUUGGAAGCAGCUAAAUCAAUUGAAUCUUAUUCCAGAUUCAAUAACAUAUAGCACCAUAAUUGAUGGAUUUUGCAAGUUGAGUGCGCUCAAUAUUGCAAAAGGGUUGUUUCUCUGGUUUAGACAAAAGGGAUAUUAUUAUCCAACUGCUUUUGAUUACAACAGCUUGAUGGAUGCCUUAUGCAAAGAGGGUAGUUUGGAGCAAGCAAGGAAAUUGUUUCAAGAGAUGUUAGAUGGAAAUUGUGAACCAGAUGUAAUCUCAUACAAUAUUAUCAUCCGUUCAGCUCUGGAAGCAAGAAAUUUGCAGUCUGCUAAGGAGUUGCUUAUUGAUAUGUCUAAGAGGGGUUUGAAUCCCGAUGCUUUCACUUUCUCCAUAUUAAUAAACAGGUUUUCGCAGCUAGGACAGUUGAAGGAGGCGAAAAAAUUAUUUGAGAGAAUGAGUGCAUCUGGCUUGACACCGGACAUUACUGUAUAUGACUGUUUACUCAAGGGUCUUAGUUUGAACGGUGAAACAGAAGAAAUUAUUAAGUUGCUUCACAAAAUGGCUUCUAAGGGCAUUGAACUAGACCUCGGACUUACUUCAACCAUCAUGGAAUGUCUUUGUAAUGUUUCUGAAGAUCUUAAUGUGGAGGAAUUGUUGCCAAACUUUUCGCAGAAAAACUCAAAAGAAUUUAGUAUUCCCUGUAGUGAAUUGUUGAAGAAGCUUCGCAAGAGUCUUCCCGAGCUUCAGUUAGAUUCUGCUUUGUAGUACAAAUUCACACGCUUCUGGCAGCUGAUGAGAGAGCUUUUUUUCUUUUUUUUACAUAGGAGACCGGGUGUUGGUCCUUCCAUCUGCAGUAAAGGGCAUAACGUUGAAUCCCCCAAUAUCGAUCACUGCAACCCUGCAUUGCAAGAACUCAGAUGGCCUUCUAGGGUACUCAAGUGAACUUAAAAUUCAUGAACCAUGGGUGUAAAAGUUCUACUGCUCCAGAAAAUGGAAGUUAUUCAGAGCAUGAUGCACAUGCAAUGAGGGUCAACAGAAGUUAUCCAGAGCAUGGUGCACCGGAAAUGAGGGUCAACAGAAGUUAUUCAGAGCAUAUUGCACAAGAAAUGAGGGCCAACACACAUAUCAAUCGUAACAUUCGAAGAGGGAGCUACAGUCUAACGGCUUUACCUGUUUAGCUGAAGCAUCCUCUAGUGCAUCUGUUGACUAUAGCAGUAAUGAUGCAGGACUUGCCCGAGAAUUCCGUGUUGUGCGAGAUAAUAGAGUUAACCAAAAUGUCAAUAGAGUGGUAAAGGAUGUCCAGACUUCGACAUCUGCUGAACCAGUGAUUUCAAAUUCUUCUGUACAGAGCAGUUCAAAAGGGACUUCUGACAAUACUUUAUCCUCUGGGAGUCGUUCAUCUCAAGCCCCAAAUAGGAAUUCUCAACAUACACACUCCAAUGAUGCUAAUUUAAGUAACUAAAGGUCAAAUUUUUUCUGGACAAAUGCAUGCAUCUGUUUCGAAUGCUGCUCCACAGAUAGGAGGGGUGAAGCCAAAUGGUUCUCGGCCACAUUCUAUUACACCAUCUAGCAAUUAUGUCAUUGAAGUUUAUUUGUCCUUUUCAGAUCCCGUUCAUGUACCAUCUCUUGAUUCAGAUCGGCUGCAAAAGUUGGUGCUAUUAAGCGUGAGGUUGGGGUGGUGGGUGCUCGUCGCCAGUCUGCUGAAACUUUUGCCAAGUCCUCAUCUUCACCAAGCAGGUCAUCUUCAAACUUACACAUGGAGCAGGCCCGACAGGAUGGUGGUACCGCACUGCACAUUAACAAUAAGUUAGAACAAUGCAGAUCUUAUUAGAAGAGAACGUUAUAUUGAUAAAUUUCUAUUCACAGAAAUAAUGCUCGCAGUAUAGUGGGUGAUGAAUAUUCCGCAAUGAAAAUAAAGCAUUCCAAAUUUUGUCAAGCACUAACCGUUAAACCGAUAGAGAAAAAAUAAAAGGAAUUUUUUAACCAAGACAUGUUUCUUUAAUUGAACUUCUUUUUUGAUGUUUGACCUGAAUAAUAUAACGCUCUCAACUUUUAUGUUUUUGUUC